AUGCUCUCACUCAAGGCCGUGCUGAGAUUCGCCUCAGUGGCUGUCGCCGUCGUCCUCCCGACGUUGGCGCAGGCACAGGCGCCGAACCCUUCUCUCUCGGUCCGCUCGCCCCCCGUGAGCUACAACAACACGCUGAUAAAGCAGCGCGCCGAUCCCCAGAUCCUCAAGCACACCAAUGGACGCUACUACUUUAUCGCCACCGUCCCCCAGUAUGACCGUGUCGUGAUGCGCCAGGCGGACAGUAUCCAAGGCCUCGGUACGGCCGAGGAGAGGGUAAUCUGGGCUCGCUCACAGUCAAAAGCUGGUGUUGGUUACGUCUGGGCCCCCGAGCUCCACAGAAUUGGCGACAAGUGGUACAUCUACUUUGCCCUGGGCCGCAACUCUGCCUUUGACAUCCGGCCCUUUGUUCUCGAAGGCACGGGCUCCGACGACCCUCUGGCCGCCAGCUGGGCCGAAAAGGGCUUCAUCACCACCGACCUGGACACCUUCUCCCUCGACGCUACCACGUUCGAGGUCAAUGGCGUGCGCUAUCUCAGUUGGGCCCAAGCCGACCCCAAGUUCGACAAUGGUGAUGGCACGUCGCUGUUCCUGGCGCGCAUGACGAACCCCUGGACCAUCGAGCGCCCAUCCGUCGUCAUCAGCCGGCCCGACCAGCCCUGGGAGCGCAUCGGCCACUUUGUCAACGAGGGUUCGUGGGGAAUGGUCAGGAACGGCAAGGUCUUUGUGACGUACUCGGCAGCGGCGACCGACGCCAACUACUGCAUGGGCCUGUUGACUGCCGACCAGGACGCGGAUCUGAUGAACCCGGCCAGCUGGCGCAAGUCGAAGGACCCGGUCUUCGUCACCAACAAUGCGACAUCGCAGUUUGGCCCCGGUCACUCGGCCUUUACCGUCUCGGAUGACAACCAAAGCGAUGUGCUCGUCUACCACGCCAGGCAGUACAAGGACAUUCGUGGCGAACCCUUGGACAACCCUGACCGCCACACUCGCGUGCAGAAGCUCUACUGGCGCUCGGAUGGCACUCCCGACUUUGGGAUCCCCAUCCCCGACGGACCGCACCCCGUUCGCCUCCGCUCCUCGGCCGACCAGACGCUCUACGUCGGCAUCGCGAACAACGCGGUGCAGAGCGUCAAGGACGCACCGGUCCAGAACACGCAGUUCAAGAUUGUCGAGCCGGGUCUCGGGGGCGCCGGGACCAUAAGCUUCGAGAGCACGGCCCAACCUGGCAAGUACCUCUCGGCCGGCGGCGGCUCGGUCAGCCUGACGACAGUCAGCAGCAAAAGCGACGCCGGAGCUCGCAGCAGUGCGUCGUUCCGUCGCGUGGCUGGACUGUCGGACGCGACCGGGGUUUCAUUCGAGUCUGCCUCGCAGACCGGGAGCUACCUCGUCUCGGGCGGGAACGGUGCAGCGGUCUCUGUGGCGCCGUCUACUGGGGCCGAGGCUACGUUCUACUUGGAGUAA